GUAUUUUACAACAAGUUCAUUUUAUUAUUUAUAAUUUGGCCCAAAGUAAAAAUUGUUAAUUAUGAUUUUAAAGUUAACUGAGCAAACAUCAAAAGUAUUACAAGGAACACAGGAAAACAUCCCAACCCUGGAACCUGAAUCAGGUGACACGUUUGAAACAAUGGAAAUCACUGACAUGAAGGAUGUUUCACUGACAACAGAAAAUCCGUUCCAAUUUACGUCACAGUCUGACUUCACAAUCAGCCCGACUACCUCUCUGAACUUUUCAAGUGGUCAUAGAUUUUCAAAUACGGCUGAAAAGUUCACAACUGAAACACCCUUUUCAAUAACAUUGACUCUUACCGCAGAAUCAACUACUUUAACAAGCAAAACUACUUCAAAUACUCCGGAUACAAUUUAUUCAGCUACGAUUUACAAUAAUAAUUCAUCUGCCUCAACGUCAUCGAACAUAAAAUUAACCAUAUCUUCUCAAACCAUAACGACCGAGCGCAUAUUGAGUACAACUAAUUCCCAAACCACUAAAACUUCAACAAAUUCCAUCACAACUACAUUAAGUACUACUAAAGCCCCACUUUUCUGUGUAAAAGAUGGAACAUUAUUUUCAAACCAAGGCCACUUAGUUGACGCCGACUCUUAUGGACAAUGGGUGGAAGCAUGUGAGCUUUUAUAUUUGUGGGGAAAUAAAGUUGUUGAUUGGCAGUCGAAUCAUGAUCGUUGCUGCUCUAUUGGGAUGAUGCCGAUCAUGAUUGAGAAUGACAAAAAACGAGAAUGCUUAACAUCUCUUGCUAACUCGUCAGAGUGGAAAUUCGGAAUUAAUUACUGGUCAUACGGACGUAAAUUCCGCGAGAGCGCCAAUUAUUUGUGGUGCCAGCAAAACUCUAUCAUAGAAAAUAAUUCUUCACUUUGGAAGUUCAAUUCAACAAAACAAUCAGAUGGCUGCGUACACUUAUUUAUCAACAAAAGGGUUUCCAUAACAUCGGAGAAUUGUUCAAAGUUGUACAUAUUUGGUUGCCAAGGCCAAACAACUCAAGCACCUCCAUGUUAUAAACCUCAAUGCCCAAAUAUUUCAUGUGAAAAAAACCAAUCUUUAUUUACAAAGCUGAAUUACGAUGGCAUUUACCAAGUUUUAUUGGCUCCAUCAAAUCAAGGGUAUUGGUACACAAUUAACUCAAGAACAUACAUGUUCAGCUACACUGACGCAACAUGGUUUGAUGCGAUGACAGGUUGUUGCUCAAUCGGAAUGAAACUUCUCAGCAUCGAGUAUGACUAUGAAUAUGGGAAUUUAGUCCAGGCAGCAAAAAAUUCCAGCAAUGCUACUGGAACAUUUUGGACAUCAGGAAGUGAUUUGGGUUGCGAUAAAAAUUUUGCCUGGUGCUCCGCCAACGUUUUAUUCCGUGGUAGACAGACUAGUUGGGGUCCUGGGGAACCAAACAAUCUUCGUGGAAAAGAGCAUUGCGUUGUUGUCCAGUUGAAUAAAACUUCAGGGAUUUUAUUCGACAGUGAUUGCUCUAGCAAAUUAAAAUAUAUUUGCGAGGCAAGGGAUACAAGGAACACCAAUAUCAAUGCAGAAGCAAUUCUUCAUGAGUGCGGCAUGAUAUACAACGUAUCAGAUGUCGAAGCAAGUGAUAUUUUUAACCGAAAAACUAAACUGACACUUAUACUCAAAUGCUUUUUGAAAUGCAUGGGCGAAAAUGGAGGAUUUAUGUGGAAUGGAAAGCUUAUUGAUGCGAAAGUUUUGACCAUGAUAGAAAAAUAUUCUAAUAAUGAAUUGGAACUGCAAGAAUAUAUGGCUGCACACCAGGCAUGUGGCUCAGAACGUGGGAUGGAUGAUUGCGACACAGCAUCCUUGAUUUUUCAGUGCACUCAAGAUCAAGCCCCAAAGCUUUUUGAAAAUAUUCUCACUGAGGCUAAAAACAAUCCGUUGGCGGAAUUCGUUCCUCUUCAGACAACUGUUCACAAAUGUGUGACGAAUUAUAGUUGUGUCAUUGACCCUAUAUUGAGAGAUGAUUAUGUAAACAACCGAUCUGCCAACGGGAAUCAAAUUUUCACAGCGUGUGGCAUUAAGUAUCUGCACUUUUCGGAAAAAGUCAAUUUACUUACCGCACUAACAAUAUGCUGCAAGUAUGGCCUCAAAUUGGCGUCAAUUGAAAGCGUCACAGAGGUCGAGUGCAUUGUAAACUCGUCAUUGAAUUUGAGUGUGCGGAGUUCACAUACUUGGACAUCAGCAAGUCGCCUUGGUUCUGGCAAAUACGGGUGGUGUUCAUCGGAUACCCCUUUUAAUUUGUCUCCAACCAUCAUUGAUAAAUACCCAGAGAGAAGCUCAAUAGACACCAUAUUCUUACUGGCAAUUAGGUUUGGUGUCGAUAUGAAUUCCACAAACACGUAUUUGGCUCAGGAGGAUCUCACAAGUCUUGCAUUGAUCUUGUGCAAACCAUAA